UCAAACUUCCAAGAUGGCGGCGGCAGAGGAGCGGAUCGCUGAGGAAGGAGGCGGCGGCCACGGCGAUGGCGGCUCCUCUUCGGCCGCCGGCUCUGCUCAAAGACAGCCCCCGGUGCCCUCGUCCCAGGCCCCGCAGUCGGGGUCACAGGCACCUCCGGCGAUGGCUCCGGACCAGCAGCUGCCACAAAACAACACGCUGGUGGCGCUGCCUAUCGUUGCCAUCGAGAACAUCCUCAGCUUUAUGUCCUACGACGAAAUUAGCCAGCUCCGCCUGGUUUGUAAAAGAAUGGACUUGGUCUGUCAGAGAAUGUUGAAUCAGGGAUUUUUGAAAGUGGAGAGAUACCAUAAUCUGUGUCAGAAACAAGUUAAAGCACAACUUCCAAGGAGAGAGUCAGAAAGGAGGAACCAUUCUCUAGCUCGUCAUGCAGACAUCCUUGCUGCUGUGGAAACCAGGUUGUCACUCUUAAAUAUGACUUUUAUGAAGUACGUGGAUUCCAAUCUCUGUUGCUUCAUCCCAGGAAAGGUGAUUGAUGAAAUUUAUCGUGUACUGAGAUAUGUCAAUUCUACCAGAGCCCCUCAACGAGCUCAUGAAGUCCUUCAAGAGUUAAGGGAUAUUUCCUCCAUGGCAAUGGAGUACUUCGAUGAGAAGAUUGUUCCCAUUCUAAAGAGGAAAUUGCCAGGGUCAGAUGUGUCUGGAAGACUCAUGGGCUCUCCUCCAGUUCCAGGACCAUCUGCAGCCCUAACAACAAUGCAGCUCUUCUCCAAGCAAAACCCUUCAAGACAAGAGGUUACCAAACUCCAGCAGCAGGUCAAAACCAAUGGAGCUGGGGUGACUGUUCUCAGGCGUGAAAUUUCUGAGCUACGCACCAAAGUGCAAGAGCAGCAGAAACAGCUUCAAGACCAAGACCAGAAACUGCUAGAGCAGACCCAGAUCAUAGGUGAACAGAAUGCACGAUUGGCUGAGCUGGAACGCAAGCUACGUGAAGUAAUGGAAAGUGCAGUAGGAAACUCCUCAGGGUCUGGGCAGAAUGAGGAGUCUCCUCGGAAACGAAGAAAGGCAACAGAAGCCAUAGACUGUCUUAGGAAAUCCAAACGUCUUCGGAAUAGGAAGUAACGUCUUUGGAAUAUGGUUCUAGCUCCAGAGGAAGACAUUAUGGCUUGGUAGCUUAAACAAUUAUGCAUAUCAGGAUGCUGAGAGAAACAUGGUGUCCUUAGGUUUCUAGGCUUUCAAAACUCAACUUACACUUGAACUCUUACAGUUGGGACAUUCUUUUCCUGCUUCUGAUGGAACUGAUGCACAGAAUGUUUUUACUUUGCAAUAGAUUUGUACUAAACAGACCCAUGCUAUAAUGUUUGGGGAACUAACUUCUUUCUGUGCAGAUAAUGUUUAAAGUAAGUUUGUUUCUGCAUAUAUGCACAUUACAUAAGGAUUUUAAACCCAGUCUUGACAGACUAGAUGUUAAGUUUAAUACAGAAAAUGUCCUGUUCACUUGAAAGAGGAAAAAACCUUUUUAAAUGGACACUAUCUUGUUUUAAAAAAAAUGACUUUUUGUUAUAAGUGACCUUUUCGUCUGGAAUGUCUGAAAAGUAGUUGAUGCUUUUUGGUAUUGAAGUAAUGGGUAACUGAAUGGACUUCCAUAGUAUUGACUGUAGAAGGAGCCUCUACAGUAUUGACUAUAUAUUUUUAUAAACUACUGGCAAGGGAUAUCUCCAGUUGUUAUAUACAUGUUUUCAGUUCUCUUUGGGGGCCAUGUCUUACAUUCGCAUGGAUGGAUGCAUGCAUUGCCUAGUCAACUCACUUAAAAAGCUCUUGCACUGGUAUUGAUCUUGAACCUCUGUACUUAUCCACUUUUUAGAGUGGCAUCUUUGUUGACUUAGCGCUUAACAUCUUCCACCACAACAGCUUGCCUCUAGGGGGAGAAUUGUUAGUCCAUUUGUCCUCCAGUUUUACAGGAACAAGAGAAUCUUAAAGCCCAUUGCUUUAUUCUCUGUAGGGUUCAGGUAUGCUGUCCAAGGCAGAACCCCAAAUCCAAGGCUCUUUCUAUUGGGAUCUCCAGGAGCUAGUACUGAUCCUCACUUAUCACUGUAUGCUCAUGGACUAAAUGUGGUAACUCAAUAGGGGACCCAACUUUUUUGGAGGCAAGUUUGCCACUAAAGGAAAUUUCAUUGAAGAAAAUUGUACCAUGAAAAACAAUUUGAUCAUUUCAUUUCUGGGGGAUGACCUAAGAGAAGCUUUUUUUUUUCAAAUAUUAAUUUCAUGCUUUCCUUAAACUUUAAACAAAAGCUUUAAAUUUUUUUUGCACUCUUUUGAGCUUGUAACUGGAAAUGCAUGUCUUGCACUGUUCAACCUUCUGAGUGGUCACUUUAACAACUUCCAAAUUGUGUAUAAUAGUUCUUUUCUCUAGUUGUAUGUCUCUGAUACAUUCAACUUAAUCACUGUUUUAGUUUUAUCUUCAUGAGCUAAAUUAUGUAGUUAUUUUUCUUUUAACUUCUUUUUAACAACUGUUGCUUUGAGCUUCAGUUAGUUAAAGUAAAUUUAGUUGUAAUAUAGAAACUUGUCCCUUACUAGGUGGGAGUUGACACUUGUGUAAAACCUAAGGUUUUGGUAAGUACCAGAGUUGAAGAAUAAAAGCACAAGAUUAUUGCCUUUAAAAAAAAAAAUCCGUCCAGCAUAACAUGGUUAUUCAUCCUUUAGGUAACCUUACCAAAUGAAACUUUCCAUUUUUAAUAUUGUCCUUAGCUUUUGAUCAUUUCUAUGUGUUGCUCCAUUUAUUCUGUAGUAUGUUUUCAAUGAAAAAAAAAAGUAACAUCCAAGUGUUUUAUGGUUUGUUGAGAAGGUAACUUUAAAAUAAACAAUGUCGUAGAAACAUUUGUCAGCCAAGGUCAUCCGUAGAAGUCCUUGUCUGGAACUCAUUUUUUUCAGCGAGUCUCAUUUUUUUUUUUAAUCUGAGGAUUUAGCCAUAUUACUGUAAUUUUGUAUUUGUAGGAGGCCUACUGGAAUACUCAUACUUUAACAGUCUACUUUUAUGGUAGCAGGAAGACUUUUUAAGUAUCAGAGCACAGGUUUAUAAAUUAUGAUCCUUAUGCAUCAAAGGGAUAUAGCCACAGAAUAUGUCUUCAAUUAUUAAAAGUUUUCCUGACUUUCUUUUUAAACUACAUCCAAAUAGCCUAAAUGUAUCUAGUCUUCCAUUAGUUUCAUGAGCAUAUGACUUUGAUAACAAAUAUAUACACUAUUAGAAAGUAAAUUUUCUGUUCCCAACCCCAGAUUUCUACAGCAUACACCUGUAGACCCAUGUUUUUAAGGUUGAGUUAUACUUAAUGCAUGUAUAUUCCCUCACUAGGAGAAUAAAGCACUACAGUUUUAAGUCUUACUCAGAAUAGCUAAAACAUAUUAGGAUAUUGCCUUCACCAUUUAUCAAGACAACCAUUAUGUAGAGGUUUUUGCUUGUAUUUAGGGUUCUACAAAUCACAAAUUAUUUUGAUCAACUAAAACUGACAUGUGAUGGGAAAAUUAUACCUAAGAGAGAACACUUUGUACAUUUCUAGUUUAAAUGCUGUGAGUUGUUAUAGUACAACACUUCAUAAAGCAUUUCCAUCAUCUGCCUUAGUUGUUUUUUGGAGGAAACUUCUGUUUGGGUCAUUCCCACAUAAAAUUCAUGGUACAAAACUACACACAUGGAUGAAAAUGUGAAAAAGCAUCUAUAAGAAAUGAAGGACUGCCCCCCCCGCCCUUCCCCCAAAUGGAUCUUCUGCUUCUCUCCCACAUGGAUGCCAACUUGGUUUUUGCACAUCCUGAGGUUACAUAGAACCUGUUUCUCAGCCUUUUGAUGUACAGAGCCUGGAAAUGGGGCAAACGCAAAUGUAUUUGGGGCAAUCCUACUGUUUAAAGACUAUUGGAGUGCCAACAGGUCUAAAGCCACUGAUUUUGGAAGCAACUUUUUUGUAAGAUAUAUUUUUUGAAGUACUGAACUUUACAGGGGCUUGCCUUAAUCUCUAGUAAUUUCAAGAUGUAUGCGCUAUUAUUCUAUGUGUUAAAAAUGUUAAAAUAUUCUAUGUAGCCCCCAAAGUGGGUAAAACAGAGUAUAAGUAAUGCCUAAAUAAAUAAGCUAAAAGGUGUCACUACAGCUGGAUUUUUGAAAGAAAAUGGACAUGUGAGAAUAGGCUAUGCGUCAUAAAAAAAAGAAUGGCACCUUAGGAUUGCACUAUUUUAUGCAUUAUUUUAUAUGCCAUUUCAUAGCCUGCACUUUAAUCUCCAAAGAAAUGAUGUAUGGUGUCCCCGUUGUUUCUUAUUAGUAAUGAGCUUUUUCCUAAGACAGGGCACUUAAUUCUAUUUUAUUAUACUGAAUUAGUUUCUUGGAGGUGGAUUCCUUUUUUUGAGUUCUCUAUUUCCUUAGCCAUAAUGUUCUCUGGAUCUGGGAACUCCCUUUUGUUUAUUUCCAACAAUAUAAUUUUAAUUUAAUGUAAUAUAAAUCAUACUUGGUGAUCAGCACAUGUGUAUGUCCUCUUCUAGCAAUGAGUACCCAAUUGUUACAUGUAUCAAACCCUUUAAAAAUAUAUGCUGUAAGAUUUGAAGGCAAGAAUAAAAGGCCUGAAAGGAAAUGCCCUGUAUGAUGCAAUUGCUUAGAAAUGGCUGAUUCUAACAGGAAACCCAGCUGAACAUGCUGUCCAGUUUUUGACUCAGAAUCUUUCUAAAUUCUUUGAUAAGGACACAAAAGUCCUACGUUAAAACUAUUUAUACCCUGUCAUCUGCAGGAAAUCAUUACUUUGAGCAAGCACUGAUUCCACAAAAUGACAUUAACAGUUGCCUACCCUGAUUCUCCCUUUGAAUAGAAUACAGGCACAUGGGUGAUCAGUAGGACAGCCUCAGAUAAUGGCCUUUUGUAAAUUUCUAAGACUAUUUGGUAGAUUUCUGAACUUCGGAGAGUAAGUCCAGAUCUUUCCUGUUGUGUCAGAAGAAAACCAUGAGGUUUAGAAGUAUAUUUAUCUUAAUACAUCUAUUGCCAAAGUCUAAUGAUCCAUAUUCAAAACUACCAAAAGGUUUGAGGUGUUAAAAAUUCCUUUAUGUGGUACCAUGUCUGUUUAACUUAUGCUUCUGAGCAACAAUAAUCACUAGAUUACCUUCUGGAAAUUUAAUUGUUAUAAUCUAAUCAAUCAUUGGAACACAGAAAACACCUCCUGGUCACACAGCAGGAUACUGAAAUAAAUGUGUUGUUACCAGU